CAGUUACAAUAUAUUUAAUAAUAAUAAUUAGCUAUCUAUCUAUCUAGCUAGGGAUGCACAAGUUGCUGCAUAUCAACUUGCUUAUUAUUACCUUCGUACGAAGGUAAUAUAUCAUAAUAUAAAGCGUUACAUACAUACAGUACGUGUUAUAAAAGCGUGCCUUAUUUUUCACACCAUAGUACGUGUACAUGUCGUGUACACGUGUACGAAGGUACACGUGUACUGUACACGUACGUGUACAGCUGUACGUGUACGUGUACACGUAGCGUUUAUUUGUGCAUUCGUUUAUUUUUUCCCCAACUUGAGCAGAAUAUUAUUCUUCUUACUUUACCCUUGUUGCGUACUGACAUGGGGGCCGUCUUUGACCAUGUGUGAUGCAGUCCAUUCGUCGAAUGCCUUUCGCUCGCAGUCGCUGGCCUUCGGCGUUCGUUGGCGUUUCAAUGGCUUUCAUUUGUUGCUUUGCCUUGGUUGAUAAGAAUACUUCGGUAGCCUCUCAAGGGAGCUCGGUCGACGACUUGUUCGGCCGUUGUGUUGCUCACAUGGAAGACGCGUGCGUCAAAGAAGACGUCAUUUAUCUAUCUCCAGGUCAAAAUCACGGUAUCGUCACUCAAAAUGCGAAACGGAAGCGAAAUGCGGUGUUCCGGAGGGGUGGAUCGAACACUCCGUUCGGCGACUCGAUGUCGAACCUUCUGCACUGGAGAGGACCGUUCCGUGAAUUCGUGGUUCUCGAGCGAGCUAAUUUUACCACCCUGCGACGACACCUCCCAACGGUUCGCGGACGAACGCUGUACCGUUAUUACAAAACGACAAGCGGCGAGAAUGGAAUCGAUGACACUCCACUGGAAUCAUCAACUUCUCAACAGCCUCUCAACGCGGCACACGCGUUGUGGGAUACGACAUGGCUCGAGCUCCUCGUUGCGACUUUCUAUUUUGAUUCGAUCGUAAAUCUGCAUCAUAGCGACGACUUUAACGACGACGACCCCGUCCACGGCCUGAUCAGAAUCAUAUUAAACGCGGUGCUUCCAAAAGGCUUGAACGAGAAGAAACACGCCGAAGGCUGUUUUGAUGAACUAUUUGUCGUCGUCUCCUCGUGCGAUAGACAUCUAGACGCCCUUCCCUCGACUAUCGCUGCGUCUGUACUCGCGCGCGCGCGUGAGAACGUACACGCGGAGGUCUCUCGCUCUUUUCAAAACGACUACAGGUGGAACACCUCUGUGUUGCUGUACGGCCGGCUCGACACAAAACAGCGAAAAAUGGUCAACGUCGUCGACGUGCACCGCGAACUUGUGUCGGCGUCCAGCUUUCUGGACGUCACCUUAUGGGACGAACGCGUGUUGACCGCGAUGCCGUCGCCGAUGGAGCAGUUCAGAUCGAUAUUGAACUCCAAAUACGUCAUCACCCCGCAUGGCGCGUUCACUUGCUUCUGGUGGCCGUGGUUGCGGAAAGACGCAACGCUUCACGAGAUCAUGGGUCCGUGCCCGAAACUUCACAGCGACCGUUUCGGGAGAACUUACGUGAACGACGAAGUUGCAUCUUUGCUUGGCAUACGACACUUGUAUCGAGGAGAGCACAACUUGUGGAGUCGAAAAGUGCCGAGAGAAGGUACGAACGUGCUGAGUUGCGAAUCGCACUACACAGAUCCGGACUUUUGGACUUCGCCAAAGGCGUUGUCCGAGGCGGUGCUGAAUAGUUUUUAG